AUAGCUUUUGUAAUUCAUGUGGUCUGUUAUAUUAUUGAAAAGCACUUUUUAUCAUAUACAUACAUUUUUUCAACGAAGCUUUAAUAAAGAAGAUUGUAAAUCAUGGCAGAUGAUCAGAAGUAUAUUAAAACACUUGCUAUUGCCACAUUGGGGUUAGGCUGUGCAUAUAUAUUAACAAAAUAUAGAACUAAUUUAAGAUCCGUGCUACGAAGAUUGACAAACCGAAACUCAUUGAAGUUUAAAUCGAUAAAAGUAAUUAACACAGAGGCUGAAUGCAAAUUCGUUGUAGAAUUAUUGAUGAGGCAAUGUUGUGAGCUUGGGGUUCUCGGAUUUGAUUGUGAAUGGGUAACAGUAGGAGGAGCUCGUAGGCCUAUUGCUCUUUUACAACUGGCAUCACAUGAUGGUUUUUGUGCGUUAUUUAGAUUAUGUCGUUUAAAGAAAAUUCCACCAGAAUUAAGGGCAUUGCUUGAAGAUAACAAUAUUUUAAAAGUUGGAGUGGCUCCUAUAGAUGAUGCCAGAUACCUAGCAAAUGAUUUUUCUAUUCAAAUGGAUGGUACAUCAGACUUGAGACAUUUAGCAAUUGCAGCAAAUAAAAAGCCUCAAGGCUUAGCUAAUAUGUCUUCAGAUAUUCUUGGAGUGACACUUGAUAAAAACUGGCGCAUCAGAUGCUCUGAUUGGGAAGCUGAAAAUCUAACGAAAGCACAGCAAGAAUAUGCAGCUGGAGAUGCUUUAGUAGCCAUAGAACUAUUUAAAAAGCUUUCUUCAAACUUACCAAAUAGUUCCUUGUUAUUUGCAAAAUCAAACUAUUCAAGGGCUGCAGAUAUUUGUAGAAAUUUUAUAAACAUUAAAUAUAAGCAAAGGUCAUCUCAAGCAAAAGUUCAAAGUGGAUUUGGUGAGCCUCAUAAAUCACAAAGAAAUGGCACCAUAUCCAAACCCUAUUAUAGAAAUUUUUCAACUCGAAAAAAACCUUUGUAUCACAACUGUUAUUUAGAAGCACCAGAUGGAGAAUUAUUGUGCACUUGUGAUAGAAAGAAGGCAGAAUGGUAUGUACAUAAGCUUUUGGGUGAGAUAAUAUCGGAAGAUCCAUUUACUGUAAGAUUGAAGUUUGAACCAUCAGGAAGAGCUGUGGGUGAAGUUGGACAGUAUUAUACACAAGCUAAAAUUAAUCAGUGUGUGGUAUGCGGUGAACAACAUUCAUAUAUUAGAAAAAAUGUAGUACCCAGAGAAUAUAGAAAACUAUUUCCAGUGGUUAUGAAGGAGCAUACAUCACAUGAUGUCCUUUUGCUCUGCACUUCUUGUCAUCAAAAGAGCAAUAUUAGUGAUCUUAGUAUGAGAAGAAAACUAGGUAUUAUGUGUGGGGCACCAUUGGAAUCGGAGGAAGGAUCACAUCGUUUAAUACAAUCAGCAGAUAUGAGACAGUUGAAAUCAGCAGCUAGAGCAUUACUAUAUAGUAGUGAUAUAAUUCCAGAUUCAAGAAAAGAAAUACUAAGACAAAUAAUUUUACGAUCGUAUCCAGAUUCUGAAAUUACUGAAGAGCUUUUGAAACAAGCAUGCGAUGUUCAAACAACGUUACCUAAUAUGUCUUAUGAACCUCACGGAAGCAAAGUAGUAGAAUAUUUUUCAACAAAUCCUGAUACUGGUGGAUUAGUAGGAUUAGAACGAAUGUGGAGAGAACAUUUUCUACAAGUCAUGAAACCAGAGUUUUUGCCCCCACUUUGGAGUGUUACACAUAAUGCGAACAGACUAAAAAUACGUGCAGAAGAAGGCCGUGUGGAAGCAUCUGAUUUAGUACUGGCUGGAAUUGACCAUCAAAGAAAUGCAGACUUAAUCGAAUGA